AAGUUCAAGACGAUUGGUUAAGUCUUCAACAGAUAGUCAAAUUUAACCAAUGAAUGAAGCGUAGUUUGCUUGUUAUUGGUGAAUUCUAUAUUUUACCUACGUGAACAAAUAAAAAAAUAUUAAUUGUCUGCUUGACGCAUCGUGGGACGCUUUUAUUCGCGCCGUGCAAUUUUUAUUUAAUUUAAAAUUAUAAAUAUAUAUUCCAGAUGUCGGGAAUAGCCAGUGCACGUUUAGCGGAGGAGAGAAAAGCUUGGCGCAGAGACCAUCCUUUCGGAUUUGUAGCCAGACCAAUGAAAAACCCCGAUGGAUCACUCAAUUUGAUGACAUGGGAGUGUGCGAUUCCUGGAAAGAAGGGGACACCAUGGGAGGGAGGCUUAUACAAACUGCGUAUGAUCUUCAAAGAUGACUACCCAUCAAGCCCCCCAAAAUGCAAAUUCGAGCCUCCUCUGUUCCAUCCCAAUGUGUACCCAUCCGGAACAGUGUGCCUGUCUCUGCUGGAUGAGGAGAAAGACUGGCGUCCCGCCAUUACAAUCAAACAGAUUCUACUUGGCAUCCAAGAUCUACUGAAUGAGCCCAAUGUGAAGGACCCUGCACAAGCUGAAGCUUACACAAUUUACUGCCAAAAUCGACUAGAGUAUGACAAGCGAGUCCGUGCGCAAGCACGCGCCAUGGCCGCCACCGAGUGAACACACAACAUCCUGGAAUGUUUCAAAAGCUCAACUACCACCAUCUCAAAGUAUAGCUGCAACUGUAAAAUGUCAUAGAUAAAACGGGCAUUUGAUUCUUUUGAAAAUCAGUUCAGUUGCAGUACAACAGGCAUGUUUUACAGUUGCACCUAUGUUAUCUUGUCUGUUGCAGCCAAAUGCAUUCCACAAAAGAAUCUAUAAAGAACUUCAAUUGGUAUUGUAUACUUACUCUGUUGAUUCCGGGGCUACCCCACAAGUCUCUGAAACUGGCUAAUAGAUGUUUAAUUAGGGUAAGGUAUAAUCUUGUCUAAGCUCUAUCUCAAGUAUUAUUUUGUUUAUAUAUUACUCAAGAUUGUACCUAAGGUUGCAUCAACACAAAGAACUUGUAAAAAAUAUAUGGGGUAACAUUAGAUACUGAGCUGACAAAUAUUCAAUGUGUAAACCUCUUUACUCAGAAAUGUUCUUAGUGUUAAUAUAACUUUAUAACCAAAUUAAUUCAAAUAUUUUGUAAUUAAAUAGGUUUUUAUUUUAAAUAGUUUUCAGAUCAGUGGGGUUCUUUCUCAUCUUACAUUUAUGACUAGAAAUAAUUGAAAUCAGCUGAUGUAUUUUAGUGUAGGGCUGCAGAAUGUAGCCCUUUUGUAGUAUCUAAAUCAAGUAACAUUGUAAAAUAACACUCCAUAAUAGACCUGGCAAUUAUUGUUUACAUUAGAAUAUUGUUAACUAUUAAGGACCUAAUUUAUUGGUAAACGACAGCAUUAGGGAGGCAGUAUUGGUCCCAAACAUUUGUAUAUUAAAUAUGGUCUUAUUUCUGCAGCUUUUAUGUCGUGGCACCGUGGCGCGCAUAAACAUGUCUGCGAAAAUAAUACCUUACAUACUGUCGAGAUGUUCAAAAUGUUCGUUAUUUUAAGAAUCUGCGUCAUUAUUUUAACUAUUUUUGUAUCUUAUGUCCGUCUUAUCGAACAAUAAAAUUAGUAAAAAUUA